AAAGGAAGUUUGCGGCGUUACCGAGCGGACAGUCUUGAUAAGAAUCGCACAGCUAGCGGACGCAAUAUAGCAGUAAAGUGAACUACUAUAGUAGUGAGAACAAAAUCCAUUCGGUGAAAAAUCCAAAUGUGCGGUAGUUGGAGAGCGUUUUUAAUAGCCGUGAGCGUUGCUUCGGUUACGCUUGCCGGUAACACAGCUUACGCAGAUAGCUGUCCAAUUUAUCUCACAAUUUUCGCCCUGGGACGUUCCGUCGAGGAUUCGCCGCUGGUGAUAAAUUGGGGUCCGGGAUGUGACAAUCCACCGGAAUGGAUUGGAUUGUACACGGAGAACCCGGCCCUAUCGAACGCUUCACCGAUCGCGCAGGUAUUCCCGAACGGUGAGCACGGUGGACAGGUGGUUAGUGAUGUAAAGUUUGGUCGUCGGAAGCUACCGGGGGGAUGGAGUCACGAGCAGGUACUGCAACACAUUCCGAAGCGAAAGAGCAAACCGAUCUGUUUCGAUCUUUACCUCACGAGUUACGAUCAAGCCAACCAGCUGCAGUACUUCGAUUGUCUCAAAAUUCAGCCUACGUGGAUGUUUAGCGAACCGGGUCUGGGUAAUGUGUCACUUCGGGAGCUAUUCCUGCCGGGAUCACAUUGUUCAGGUUGCUACCAGACGCGCACCAACGUUGGCAAUGCGUUUCUGAAGAAGAUUGGCUUCCGCCAGAGUAUGGAUGUGUGGAGUCAGCUCGUGUUUGGCGUACGCUAUCUGGACUUCUCGAUCGGUUACUACCCAUCGCACAAUGGGACACGCAACUUUUGGAUCAUGAACGAACACUUUCGCGUUACGUCACUCGGCCCAAUUCUCCAAGACAUUCGGAGAUUUGUGAUACUGUCCGAGGAAACGGUGUUUCUCGAUUUCCGAAGAUUCCCGCUUGGAUUCCACAACAAUCCUGAACAGCAUGUGGCACUACUGGCGCUGCUCGAGCAAGAACUCGGCGAUCUGGUCUACCGACGGCAGUCACUGUCAUCGGACGAAGUGGAGACGGCAGACGAUGCGGAUGGAGAGUCGUACAAUCUCACGCUCGGGGAUAUGCGCCGAGAGGGAAAGUACAUACUUAUCACCUACAAUCACGAGGCCAGCUUAAAUGAAUCGGAAAUUGUAUGGAAACCAUGGAAAAAACACUCGAGCGCUUUCCUCAAACACACGGAGCUGGGUGAGUUUAUGCAGAACUUAUUCUCCCAGAAGCAUCCGGACGCACCGCGAAAUAUCGGUUGGAGCCUGCACGGUAUACAAGGUUUUCAGGGCAGUUACAACGAGGAAGAUGCCACCUAUCUAAUGCCGGCGGAGCGUGCUAGUAUCGUGAAUCCGAAGCUGAUGCAGUUACUCAGUGGUCCGUGGAGUCAGCGGGCGAAUGCCGUACUGGUGGAUUACUUCACGAAUACGAAUCUGGUAGAGCUGGCAGUCAAUACGAACCGAUACAAAACGCUGCGUAAUCCCACGAACGAAGCAGUUGUGCUGGACAUUCAGUAAUGCUUCCAUACUCCAAAGGUAGCGGCUCGGCAGUAGGAACGAUGCCGUAUUCUAAUGUGCAUGAUCAUGAACAGCAUUCAUCUGAGCAGGUCUGAAGUAGUGGAACAUUUGGCGUGCAUUUGCUUAGUAGAUACGAUUGUCAGUAAGGUUUCAUUUAUCAUUCUACUGUACUGAAUAAAUAUAGCGUUAAGAUGUAGCUCUUAAAAUACAUUUUAAUCAUAUCAUGGAAGAAUAAAAGUAGUUUAAAUUAUAAA